AUGGCGGAGGUCGUGGGAGUAUGGGGUAUCAGCACCACCAGCCGCUGCAACAACCGCUACAACAACCGCUGCAGCAUGAAUCCUUACAGCAUCAUCCUCAACACCAACGACACCAACAACAACCUCAACACCAAAACCCCACUAUCGCGAACCAAAACGUCGCCCACCACCAACCAAACCAUUUCCGACCGCAAUCGCAACAACACCAAAAUCAACCACCACAACAAAAUCAACAACACCAAGUCCAUCAACCACCAAACCAACCGCACCCACACCACCCACACCACUCACAGCCCUCAAACCCCCAUCCCCACUCCCCUUCCCUCCAAGUACACAACAUAA